CCCUCUGGUUAGAAUUAGCUCAGUCAUCAUUUCGCUCUCUACAAACACCAGGACUGCAGUAACAAUUUGUUUGUGUCUUAGACCACUUUUUUCAGUCAAACAUGUUACAAGGUAUUCUCCUGCUGACAUGGCUUGCACUGUCUUCACAGCCCAUCCGGUGUGAACCAGGGGGUGAUGCCUAUCCUGCUACCAAUGGCAAUAACGAACUAAAAAAACUUCAGGACAGGUUCAGUUUUGUUGGACGUAGCUGCAAAGAAAUUAAACAGAACUACGGUACUCAUGACGAUGGUCUGUAUUUCCUCACCACCUCCAAUGGGGUAGUGUACCAGACCUACUGUGACAUGACCACGGCUGGUGGUGGAUGGACACUGGUAGCCAGUGUGCAUGAGAACAACCUGUACGGGAAAUGCACUGCGGGGGACCGGUGGUCAAGCCAGCAGGGAAGCAAUCCCAACCUCCCUGAUGGAGAGGGGACAUGGGCCAACAUGAACACCUUUGGGACUCCGGAAGGUGCAACCUCUGAUGACUACAAGAAUCCUGGCUAUUAUGAUAUUGUAGGGGAAGAUGUGUCUGUUUGGCAUGUAGGUAACAACAUUCCACUAAAACACUGGACCUAUGGUUCCAUCCUACGAUACCACACAGUGACAAAGUUUCUAUCACUUAAUGGAGGAAACCUCAACCAGCUCUUCAAGCGCUACCCAGUGAGGUAUAAUGUUGGAGCGUGCAAGACCAACAAUGGACCAUCUAUUCCUGUGGUGUAUGACUAUGGAAACGCUGAGACCACAAGAAACUUCUACGGCCCAAAUUCUAGAAGGGAAUUUGUUCCUGGCUUCGUCACCUUCAGAGUGAUCAACAAUGAGAGAGCCGCCAUGGCCAUGUGCUCUGGAGUCAAACCCACUGGGUGCAACACUGAACACUAUUGCAUUGGCGGUGGGGGACACUUCCCUGAACAAGCUCCUCGCCAGUGUGGUGACUUUGCAAGCUUUGACUGGGAUGGUUAUGGAAGAAAUGCGGGGUGGAGUGCAUCCAGAGAGAUAACUGAAGCUGCUGUUCUGAUCUUCUACCGCUGAGUCAAGAAUGAGGGUCCACAGAUGAAUGGUGGCAGAUGCAAUAUUUGGGAAUCAAUGUGUGCUUAUACUGUGGAGACUUGUUUUGGAUUUCUGCUUAUCCUGAAUUAAAUGCAAUCUCACAAAGGGUGAAAAUACAUACAUUCUCUGUAAAUAUUUUC